AUGAGUUUAGCCCCAAAGACAAAGACUCAAGAAAACCUCAACGCCAAGUUAGGUUUAGUUAUCAAGUCCGGUAAGUACACCUUAGGUUACAAGUCCGUUAUCAAGUCCUUGAGAACCUCCAAGGCUAAGUUGAUUAUCAUUGCUGGUAACACCCCAGUUUUGAGAAAGUCUGAAUUGGAAUACUACGCUAUGUUGUCCAAGACUCAAGUUCACUACUUCCAAGGUGGUAACAAUGAAUUGGGUACCGUUUGCGGUAAGUUGUUCAGAGUUGGUACCAUGGCUAUUUUGGAUGCUGGUGACUCUGAUAUCUUGACCACUUUGAACUAA